AUGGGUCUGCCUUGGCCAGCACUCUUCCUGAGCACCGUUCUCCUGAGUCUUUCAUGCCAGGGGACUGACUGGGAAUCCGACAGGAAUUUCAUUUCAGCCGCUGGUCCUCUGACAAAUGGCUUAGUGCUUAACCUGAGCCAUCCGCUGGGAACCCCGGGCUCUGAUCCGGUGGCUGGUAGCAAGGCCACCUCCAUCUGCCAGCAGCCGUUGCCAUCCCUCCUACCACAGUAUUUCCGCAGUCUUCACGCCAGUCAGGUCACCCAUUACAAAGUGCUCCUGUCAUGGGCACAGCUUCUCCCAACAGGAAGCUCCAAGAAUCCAGACCAGGAAGCAGUGCGGUGCUACCGACAGCUCCUGCGGUCCCUCAGGGAUGCCCAGCUUCAGCCCAUGGUGGUCCUGUGCCACCAGGCCCCACCCACCAGCGGCACCCUCCAGACGGACGGGGACUUUGCUGACCUCUUUGCCGACUAUGCCGCGUUCGCCUUCCAGUCCUUCGGGGACCUUGUGGAGAUCUGGUUCACCUUCAGUGAUGUGGAGAAAGCCAUCAUGGGUCUUCCCCACCAGGCUUCCAAAGCCUCUGCUCUCCAAACCCUCAGCAGUGCCCACAGGAAAGCCUUCGAAGUGUACCACAGGAAGUACUCUUCUCAGGGAGGAAGACUCUCUGUGGUCCUGAAGGCUGAAGAUAUCCCCGAGCUGCUAGCCCCAUCCUCGACUGCAUUCACCAAGGACUCAGUUGACUUCCUCUCUAUUGAUUUGACUUAUGAAUGUCAAAGUGUGGCGACUCUACCACAGAAGCUGAGUGAACUGCAGAACAUUGAGCCCAGAAUGAAAGUUUUCAUUUAUACCCUAAAACUUCAGGACUGCCCAUCCACAGGGAAGAGCCCCUCCUCACUGCUCUUCAGCCUGAUUGAAGCCAUCAAUAAAGACCAAGUCCAGACUGUUGGGUUCGACGUCAGUGCAUUCCUGAGCUGUCCAUCCAGUUCUGAGGAGAGCCCGCCUUGCCCUCUAACUGACAGCCUGGCCUUUCAGACUGAGCAGCAGCAGGAGACAGCAGUUGCGCCCUCUCCCCUUGUAUCAGCCUACCAGAGAGUCUGGGCAGCCUUUGCCAACCAGUCUAGGGAGGAAAGGGAUGCCUUCCUGCAGGAUGUGUUUCCAGAAGGAUUCCUCUGGGGCGUAUCUACGGGAGCCUUUAAUGUGGAAGGAGGUUGGGCUGAAGGCAACAGAGGGCCGAGCAUCUGGGACCACUACAGUAACCUGAAUGCUGCCGAGGGCCAAGCGACGGCAAAGGUGGCCAGUGACAGCUACCACAAACCAGUCUCUGAUGUCGCCCUGCUCCGAGGCCUCAGGGUUGGGGUGUACAAAUUCUCCAUCUCCUGGUCCCGGCUGUUCUCCACAGGGCGGAAGAGCAGCCCCAACCUCCAGGGUGUGGCCUACUACAACAGACUGAUCGACAGCCUGCUGGACUCCCACAUCGAGCCCAUGGUGACACUGUUCCACUGGGACCUGCCUCAGGCCCUGCAGGAUCAAGGCGGGUGGCAGAACGAGAGUGUGGUGGACGCCUUCCUGGACUACGCAGCCUUCUGCUUCUCCACUUUCGGGGACCGUGUAAAGCUGUGGGUGACCUUCCAUGAGCCGUGGGUGAUAAGCUAUGCAGGCUAUGGCACUGGGCAGCACACACCAGCCAUCUCUGACCCAGGAGUGGCUUCUUUUAAGGUGGCUCACUUGAUCCUCAAGGCGCAUGCCAGAACUUGGCAUCACUACGACCUUCACUAUCGCCAACAGCAGCAGGGACGCGUGGGCAUUGUGCUCAAUUCAGACUGGGCAGAGCCCCUGGAUGGGCAGAGUCCCCAGGACGUUGCUGCCGCUGAGCGCUUCCUGCACUUCAUGCUGGGCUGGUUUGCACACCCCAUCUUUGUGGAUGGAGACUACCCCACCGUCCUUCGGGCCCAGAUCCGGCAGAUAAACCAGCAGUGUGGUGGUCCUCUGGCCCAACUCCCGGAGUUCACCGCAGCGGAGAAGCAGCUCCUGAAAGGCUCUGCGGACUUCCUUGGUCUGUCUCAUUACACGUCCCGCCUGGUCAGCAAGGCUGGGCGGCAGACCUGCGUCCCCAGCUAUGAUAACAUCGGAGGAUUCUCCCAGCACGUGGACCCCACGUGGCCCCAGACUGCAUCUCCCUGGAUGCGGGUGGUGCCCUGGGGCGUAAGGAGGCUGCUGCAGUUUGCUUCCACGGAGUACACGAAAGGAAGAGUUCCAAUCUUCGUGGCUGGGAAUGGCGUGCCGGUCGGGGAAGGAGCCGAUCUCCUUGACGACUCGGUGAGGGUGAACUACCUCAACCUGUCCAUCAACGAGGUGCUCAAGGCUGUCAAGGAAGAUUUGGUGGACGUCCGUUCAUACAUUGUUCGUUCCCUCGUCGAUGGCUUCGAAGGACCCUCAGGUUACAGCCAGAGGUUCGGGCUGUACCAUGUCAACUUUAACGACAGCAGCAGGCCGAGGACUGCCAGGAAAUCUGCCUACUUCUUCACCAGCGUCAUAGAGAAGAACGGUUUCCCUGCCGAGAAAGCAAGAAGCAGCCCCCUGCCUCUGAGAGCAGACCCUGCCUCCAGAGCCCCAGUCCUCUUUAACUUCCCAUCUGAGGUGCCCUCCCAGGCUAAAAUAGUGUGGGAGAAGUUCUCCAAUCAGCCCAAGUUUGAAAGAGAUUUGUUCUAUCAUGGCACAUUCCGGGAUGACUUCCUGUGGGGUGUGUCCUCUUCAGCCUAUCAGAUCGAAGGAGGCUGGGAUGCUGAUGGCAAAGGCCCCAGCAUCUGGGACAAUUUCACCCACACCCCGGGGAACGGCGUGAAAGACAAUGCCACCGGAGACGUGGCCUGCGACAGCUAUCACCAGCUGGAUGUCGACCUGAAUAUUCUUCGCACCCUCAAGGUCAAGGCCUAUCGGUUCUCCAUCUCCUGGUCUCGGAUUUUCCCGACAGGAAGGAACACUUCCAUCAACAAUCACGGUGUGGAUUAUUACAACAGGCUGAUUGACGGCCUGGUGGAGAGCAACAUCUUCCCCAUGGUGACGCUGUUUCACUGGGACCUGCCCCAGGCCCUCCAGGAUAUUGGAGGGUGGGAGAACCCUUCUUUGGUUGACUUGUUCAACAGCUAUGCUGACUUCUGUUUUAAGACCUUCGGUGACAGAGUCAAGUUCUGGAUGACCUUCAAUGAGCCGUUGUAUCUGGUGCUGUUGGGCUAUAGUUCAGGGGUGUUUCCCCCAAAUGUGCAGGACCCGGGCUGGGCACCUUACAGGGUCAGCCAUGUAAUCCUCAAGGCUCACGCCAGAGUCUACCAUACUUAUGAUGAGAAAUACAGGCAGGAGCAGAAGGGGGUCAUUUCCCUGAGCCUCAACACUCACUGGGUGGAACCCAAGAACCCAGGGCUCCAAAGAGAUGUGGACGCUGCCGACCGGAUGCUGCAGUUUUCCCUGGGCUGGUUUGCCCACCCCAUUUUUAGGAACGGGGACUACCCAGAUGUCAUGAAAUGGAAUGUGGGGAACAGGAGCGAACUGCAGCGCCUGGCUGAGUCCCGCCUGCCCAGCUUCACAGAGGAGGAGAAGGGUUACAUCAGGGGUACCGCUGACGUCUUUUGCCUCAACACCUACUCGUCCGUGUAUGUGCAGCAUAACACUCCCAGGCUGAACCCACCCAACUAUGAAGAUGACCGGGAGGUGACAGUCAGCGAUAUGACCUCUUCGUCCAUCUCCACAGUAGUUCACGCAGCCGUGCCCUGGGGCAUGCGGAGGCUGCUGAACUGGAUCAAGGAAGAGUAUGGCAACAUUCCCAUUUACAUCACAGAGAAUGGGCAGGGCCUGGACAGCCCCACGCUGGAUGACACAGCCAGGAUAUUCUACCACAAAACCUACAUCAACGAGGCUCUGAAAGCCUACAGGCUGGAUGGUGUGGACCUUCGAGGGUAUUCCGCCUGGUCACUGAUGGACAACUUCGAGUGGCUGGAGGGCUACACAGUCAAGUUUGGAUUGUAUCAUGUUGACUUUGACCACGCGGACAGGCCUCGAACAGCAAGAGCCUCAGCCAGAAACUAUGCAGACAUCAUCACCAACAACGGCAUGCCCCUGGCCAAGGAGGACGAGUUCCUGUAUGGAGAGUUCCCCAAGGGCUUCAUCUGGAGUGCGGCUUCUGCUGCGUAUCAGGUUGAAGGCGCGUGGAGAGCAGACGGCAAAGGGCUCAGUAUUUGGGACACGUUUUCCCACACGCCACUGAGGGUGGCCAACAACGACAAUGGAGACGUGGCGUGUGACAGUUACCACAAGAUUGCGGAGGAUGUGGUGGCCCUUCAGAACCUGGGCGUGUCACACUAUCGCUUCUCCAUCUCCUGGUCUAGAGUCCUCCCCGACGGAACCACCCGGUUCAUCAACGAAGCGGGCCUCAGCUACUAUGUCCACUUCAUAGACGCACUGCUGGCUGCCGGCAUCACUCCACAGGUGACCAUAUAUCACUGGGACCUGCCCCAGGCCCUUCAAGACAUCGGGGGCUGGGAGAACGAGACGAUUGUGCAGCUGUUUAAGGAGUAUGCAGAUGUGCUCUUCCGGAGGCUGGGGGACAAGGUGAAGUUUUGGAUCACACUGAAUGAACCCUUUGUCAUCGCUGCCCAUGGCUAUGGCAGUGGGGUGUCUGCUCCAGGGAUCUCCUUCAGGCCCGGCACUGCUCCAUACACUGCUGGUCACAACCUAAUAAAGGCUCACGCGGAGGCUUGGCAUCUCUACAAUGACCAAUACCGAGGCAGCCAGGGAGGCGUGAUCUCCAUCACCAUCAGCAGUGACUGGGCUGAGCCCAGGGAUCCCUCCAAGCAGGAGGACGUGGAGGCCGCCAGGAGAUACGUCCAGUUUAUGGGAGGCUGGUUUGCACACCCCAUCUUCAACAACGGAGAUUACCCGGAGGUGAUGAAGACGCGGGUCCUUGAGAGGAGCCUGGCGGCGGGCCUCAAUAAAUCGAGGCUCCCGGAAUUCACAGAGGCUGAGAAGAAGAGGAUCAAGGGCACCUUUGACUUUUUCGGGUUCAACCACUACACCACCGUGCUGGCCUACAACCUCAACUACCCUGCGGCCAUCUCUUCCUUCGAUGCCGACAGGGGAGUCGCCUCCAUUGCGGACAGCUCUUGGCCAGAGUCCGGCUCCUUCUGGCUGAAGGUGACCCCUUUUGGCUUCCGGAGAAUCUUGAACUGGCUGAAGGAGGAAUACAACAACCCUCUAAUUUAUGUCACAGAGAAUGGAGUCUCCAGACGGGGGGACCCAGAACUCAACGACACCGACAGGGUCUAUUACCUCCGCAGCUACAUCAACGAAGCCCUCAAAGCCACUGUGCAGGAUAAGGUGGACCUCCGGGGAUACACGGUGUGGAGCGUGAUGGACAACUUCGAAUGGGCCACAGGCUACGCAGAGAGGUUCGGGGUGCACUACGUGAACCGCUCUGACCCUUCUCUGCCAAGGAUCCCCAAGGCAUCGGCCAAGUUCUACGCCUCUGUAGUCCGCUGCAAUGGCUUUCCUGACCCUGCACAAGGACCUCAUCCUUGUCUGCACCAACCAGAGGACGCUGGACCGACUGCCAGCCCUGUGAAGACGGAAGUGCCCUUCCUGGGGCUGAUGCUGGGCAUCACGGAAGCACAGACGGCGUUGUACGUACUCUUUGCCCUUCUGCUACUUGGGGUCUGUAGCUUGGCCUUCCUGUUAUACAAAUACUGCAAGCGCUCCAAGCAACGGGAAACACAGCCAAGCCAACACAACCUGAGUCCAGUUUCCUCCUUCUGACAAGUCUCCACCUCCUCAGUUGUGCAGAGAUGCCCGGUUUCUUUAGAUAGACAGCUGGCUAGCACAGAUGACUCCUGCUCACAGUGGACCUCCUCGUCAAGGCUUCCUGCACUGUGGGAGACGAUUUCCAUCUUGAAGCUUUUCAUGUUCUCACUUGAAAUGAAAGCAUCUUCAGUACUGGGAAUUCUACUGUGGACUCUGAGACCUGCAAAGUACCCCUGUGGAAAUGCAGAGACCAAAGUGUCUAGCGGUUCUCUGUGUUCAUUUCAAGGUUUGAUGGUAGACUCCUAAUUAACUAAAUAAGUAAAAAUAAAGCGCAGGUCUAGCCAUGAUAGUCCAUGUCGCCUAUAAUCCUACACUCAGGAGGCACUCCAGUUUGAGGCCAGCCACAACCACGUCAUGAAAUCCUGCUUCGGGGUGAGAGGGAGCAGGGGAUGGGGGCAACAGAGG